GGAACGGGUCAGUUGGUUUUUUGUCAAACAGGCAAAGAGCAAAUGUUGCACUUACACGUGCAAGUGGGUAAUGCAUCAACUUUGGUUACAAGUGACUCUGUUUGGAAGAAGCUUGUCCUUGAUGCCAAAGAAACGGAACUGUUUUCAUAAUGCUGAUGAAGACAGCAACUUGGCUCAGGCUAUUACAACUGCCCUGCUAGAGCUUGACCAACUUCAUUCUCUGCUUAAUAUCGGCUCUAUGCUGUUCAAAAACGCUAUAUGGAAGGUUUGCUUCACUGGUGACUUUUUGAACUCCAUAACAAAAAUUAAAGAUACUGCGAUUCUAGGGGAAGUGCUUGCGUUAUUAACCAGCCUUUCGCGUGGAUGGCGCUCUCCUCACAAGGAUAAAGGAAAUGUAGUGUAUGAUGGAACUUCUGCUCAGCUGUUAGAGAAGUAUAAAAUCAAAGGGCACAUGAAUCUCAUUUGGACUGUAGAUAUUAUCCAGGAGAAUGCACAUUAUGUCCAAGUUAUAAAGUUUUGGGAUAUUUUGCCAUUUUCUCAUUUACCAGAACUAGCAAAGCGUCUUGACAUUGUUUUUGGAAAAUUUUACAGUGGAUAA